CAGGUGACGGUGCGCGACGCGCUGAACCAGGCGCUGGAUGAGGAGCUGGAGCGGGACGAGCGCGUCUUCCUGCUGGGCGAGGAGGUGGCCCAGUACGAUGGCGCUUACAAGAUCUCCCGGGGUCUCUGGAAGAAGUACGGGGACAAGAGAGUGAUUGACACCCCGAUAUCGGAGAUGGGCUUCACAGGAAUCGCUGUCGGUGCUGCUAUGGCAGGGUUGAGACCAGUGUGUGAAUUCAUGACAUUCAACUUCUCCAUGCAAGCAAUCGAUCAGGUUAUAAACUCUGCUGCCAAGACCUGUUACAUGUCCGCAGGGUCAAUCGCUGUUCCCAUUGUCUUCCGAGGCCCCAACGGGGCAUCAGCUGGGGUCGCCGCUCAGCACUCGCAGUGCUUCGCAGCGUGGUACGGGCACUGCCCGGGACUGAAAGUUGUUAGUCCUUGGAGCUCAGAAGAUGCCAAAGGUCUGCUGAAAGCAUCGAUCCGGGACGAUAAUCCAGUUGUCAUGCUGGAAAACGAAUUACUGUAUGGUGUUCCCUUUGAAAUGUCUGAGCAGGCACAGUCAAAGGAUUUCAUUGUUCCAAUUGGAAAAGCUAAAAUAGAAAGGCAAGGAACUCACAUUACAUUAGUGUCACACUCAAGACCUGUCGGGCACUGUUUGGAAGCAGCUGCUAUUCUUGCCAAAGAAGGUGUGGAGUGUGAGGUUGUAAAUCUGCGUACAAUUCGACCAAUGGAUAUUGAAACAGUGGAAGCCAGCGUGGUAAAGACAAACCACCUUGUAACUGUAGAAGGAGGUUGGCCGCAAUUUGGAGUUGGAGCUGAAAUCUGUGCCAGGAUCAUGGAAGGAUCUGCCUUUAACUACUUGGACGCUCCAGCUGUGCGUGUUACCGGUGCAGAUGUUCCUAUGCCUUAUGCAAAGAUUUUAGAAGAUAACUGCAUACCUCAAGUGAAGGAUAUAAUAUUUGCAGUGAAGAAAACUUUGAAUAUCUAAGUUGUAAAUAUAUGUUUUAAAGUCCCGCUUUACAAAGUAUUAAUGGUGUAGGGCAAGUUGUAUGCGUAAGUUUUUUGUUGUAUAACUACAUGAACUUUUGUACAGUGGGGAAUGUAUAGUGACCUCCCAGAAUAUUUAUAUGGGGUUACCCUCUAAGCCACACUUCAUACAAGCAACAACGUGGUAAUGGUUGGUUGUUCAACAGUACAGGUGGGUUGGUGCUAUUAUAUGUGGAAAAAUCAUAUUCUAAAUUC